GACGCGUGGAAGGAUUGCAAGGGCGCGCCCCAGCCGCCCGAUGACAAGUUCAAGCGGCUCGCUCCUGAGGGCCCCUUCGACGGCGGUCGAGCGGUGGUGAGUUGCCCAAUGCGGCGCAACUUCUGCAUGGGCGAAUACCCCGUAGCGUCCUGCGUGGUGCACUGCACGGAGGACGGGGUGGUGCCGAGCAUGAAUUCCCAGAAGAUUAAGGCGACGGUGGCCCUCGCCAAGCAAGUCGAGGGAGGGCCGCAGCCGUUCCAGAAUCAGCUCGACCCCAAGUACGCGGACCAGCGCCCGCUAUUGUCCAUGUGCUACGAGUGCCACGGCGACCGGGUGCACGGCGACCGUUCGUAUUACUUGAAGCCCACGGACACUGGCCGAGCGAAGCUAUCCAGCGAAUGGCACAACCAGCGGAAGACUUUCUACGGGCGGAGCAAGAAAACCGAGGACAACAUAUGCGACUACCUCAUUUCGAAAGCCGAGCAGCGCGUGGCCCCCGAACUGGCCCCUACGCUGCGCGAGGCGUACGUGCUCAUGUGGCAGAUAAGG